AUGAACCCAAGAAAACACAUUCUUUUCUUGUUGAUUUUCUCUUCCAGUCUCUUUUUCCAUCCAUCAAUGGCGUACCCACGUAAUGUCGCCUUCGAAUUCCCCUUUCUCCCUCUCCAAAACUUCACCCUCCUCGGUGACUCCUACCUCCGUAACGGCGUCGCCGGUCUCACUCUUGAAUCCGACGUCCCCGCUUCCUCCGCCGGAACCCUAAUCUACACCACACCAAUUCGUUUCUCCGACAACCGUACUAACUCCACCGCCUCCUUCACCACCAGAUUCUCCUUCUCCAUCGUCAGCCUCAACCCUCUCUCCUCCGUCGGCGACGGAUUGUCGUUCUUCAUCUCACCGGAAAACCACACUCUUGGAUCUCCCGGCGGAUACUUGGCACUUGUGAAUUCCUCAAAAUUAACUCAAAACAAGUUCAUCGCAAUCGAAUUCGAUACCCGACUUGACCCGUACUUCAACGACCCGAAUGAAAAUCAUAUCGGAUUAGAUAUCAAUAGUUUGAAUUCGAUCAAAACAUCAGAUUGUAUGUCUGCUGGAAUCGAUUUAAGAACUGGAAUUUCAUUCACUACAUGGAUUGAUUACGAUAAUGAUCGAAAAAACCUUCAAGUGUUCUUGACCCGAUCACGAUCCAAACCCGAUUACCCGAUUUUAGCCAUGGAAAUCGAUUUAUCGAGCUAUUUUCAAGAGUAUAUGUAUCUAGGGUUUUCAGGAUCGACGGAAGGAACUACAGAAACCCAUUUGAUCGAGAAUUGGAGCUUCAAAUCAUCUGGGCUUAAACAUUUUAACCCUAGAAUCAACGAUCCACACAAUGUUACUGAUAACACCGUCGUGAAGAGGCCUCCGGUUUCCGAUUCCGGCGACUUUCGUAAAAAGAUACAAUUCGGUCUCGAAGUUUCCGGCCCGGUGUUCUUAUUUGCAGUUCUUGUGUUUUUUGGGUACAUUUCAGUGAAGAAAUGGAAAUCAAUCAGAAUAGAAAUGAAUAUUAAAGCAGAAGUUACAAGAAGGCCAAGAGAAUUUAGUUACCGAGAGCUCAAGAUUGCCACGCAUGGCUUCCAUUCGAGUCUGAUCAUCGGCAACGGUUCAUUUGGGACGGUUUACAAAGCGUUUUUGUUGACAUCCGGAACCACCGUGGCCGUGAAACGAUCGCUGCGAUCCCAUGAAGCUAAAACCGAGUUCUUCUCCGAGUUAUCGGUGAUUGCGCGUUUACGACACAAAAAUCUCGUUCAGCUUCUCGGAUGGUGUGUCGAAAAAGGCGAAUUGUUGCUUGUUUACGAGUUGAUGCCUUACGGGAGUAUCGAUAAGGUGUUGCAUCAAGAUCCCGAUCAUUGUGGUUUCUUGAAAUGGGGUAAUCGGUACAACAUUGCUAUCGGGUUAGCUUCGGCUUUGGCUUAUCUUCAUCAAGAAUGUGAUAAACUGGUGAUUCAUAGAGAUAUAAAGGCUAGUAAUGUGAUGUUGGAUGCGAAUUUGAAUGCUCGAUUAGGCGAUUUCGGGCUAGCUCGGAUAGUCGACCAUAACAAGAGUCCGGUUUCAACUCUAACCGCGGGAACCGUCGGUUAUCUGGCUCCUGAGUAUCUUUAUUGCGGUAAAGCUACCGAUAAAACGGACGUGUUCAGCUACGGUGUGGUGGUGCUCGAGGUGUGUUGUGGCCGGAGACCGAUUGAUUGGGAAGCCAGGGGUCAAAAUGCAGUAAAUUUGGUCGACUGGGUGUGGCGGUUGUACGGGAAAGGCGAGGUUUUGGACGCGGUCGAUAAGCGGCUUAACGGUGAGUUUGAUGAGGUGGAAGGUAAGCGGCUUUUGAUGGUCGGGUUGAGCUGUGCGAAUCCCGAUAGCGAAAUGAGGCCGUCGAUGAGGCGGGUGUUGCAGAUUUUAGAGAACGAGGCGGAGGAAAUGGUGGUGCCGCCGGUAAAACCGAUGGCGAAUUUUUCGACUAGUUUGCCAAUGAGUCUCGAGGAUCUUGUGUCUUCUUCCUCCUCAGACGAUGAGGAAGCCGUUGAAGGAAACGGUAGUCGUGAGACGUCCGAUAGCACAUUCGAGAUUUGUAUCGAUGCGUCGGGGAAGUAG